AUGACGGGGGACGAUCAUGAGUUUAUGAAUUCAAAGGACGAUGAUGGCUCCACCAUUUUGCAUCUUGCUGCUGCAGAUCAACAAUUUGAACGUUAUGCUGCUGCUGAUCAGCGGCUUACCCUUGAUGUGGUGUGUCUCCUGAUGGUCGUCAUAUGGGUUGCAAUUAGUUCUAUCACGCUGUUUCUUGAAGAUGCCACUGCAUAUUGCUGCCAUACUCCGCACCGGGAAUUUGUGAAGGAGAUCUUAAGGGGGAAGCCUGAAAUGGCCAAAGAAUUGGACUUUUGGAAAUCAUCGCUGCUUCAUUUGGCAACAGCAAAAGGUCAUGUCGAAGUAGUAAAACUUCUGCUGUUAGGUAACACUGAGGUGUGCCUUUUUCGGGACAUGGACGGAAGGAAUCCGUGUCACGUUGCUGUGAUCAAAGGCCACUCUCAAGUCUUGAAGGAGCUCGUUCAAGCAAAACCUGAAGCUGCUCGAGCAGAAAUUUGA